AUGACAACCAACAAAAGAAAAAAAAUACAAAGCAUUGAUAGCUACGAGUUUGAAGCAUUCGUACGAAUUCAUUUGCCAAAACAUCUUGCUGAUACAUUACUAGUUGACGUUGGUAUUACAUCUUAUAGUGGUUUUCUGCAAUGUUAUGAUUUAAAUGGUGAAUUACUUGCAGCUCAUGACUCUUUACAUGAACAGAAUCGUGAACUUUUAUUUUCAUACAAUAAUUCAUUACCUGUACCAUCACCCAUUGGUUUAAAAAAAGCUGUUUUACGUGAGCUGCUGAUUUUCCAAGAAGAAUAACAAAGUAGUAGCAGUCAAGCGGAAAAUGAUCUUAAUAAUGUAUCAAAACGAUUAAAGACACAUUAUGAUACAUAUCGAACAGUUGUGUGUAAAACUCGGGCCAAUGAUACGAUCGAAGAUGACAAGUUCAAAUAUAGAGAAAAACCAAUCACAAAUGAAGAUAGUGCAACAGAUUGGUCUUUUAAUCAAGAAGAAUUAGAUCAUGAAACAGCUUUUAAUGAUUGUAAAAAUUUUGAUGAUUUUAUUGUGAAAGAGGCAACCCAUAUUUAUGUGACUCAACAGCGUAUUCAUCAUUUUUUUUGUAAAAAUAUGUGUAUCAAAUCUGAAGGUAAACAUCUACUUUAUUUGUUUUAA